AUGGGCAGCCCCGGGAACCGCAGCCUCGGCGCGGGGCCGCCGCCCUGGGCCGCGCUGCCUCCCUGCACCGAGCACCGCUGCUCGCCCUUCCCGCUGGGGGCGCUGGUGCCGGUGACCGCCGUGUGCCUGGGCCUGUUCGCCGUCGGGGUGAGCGGCAACGUGGUGACGGUGCUGCUCAUCGGGCGCUCCCGGGACAGGCGCACCACCACCAACCUGUACCUGGGCAGCAUGGCCGUGUCCGACCUGCUCAUCCUGCUGGGGCUGCCGCUGGACCUGUACCGCCUGUGGCGCUCGCGGCCCUGGGUGUUCGGGCCGCUGCUGUGCCGCCUGUCGCUGUACCUGGGCGAGGGCUGCACCUACGCCUCGCUGCUGCACGCCGCGGCGCUCAGCGCGGAGCGCUACCUGGCCGUGUGCCGCCCGCUGCGCGCCCGCGUCCUCGCCACCCGCGCCCGCGCCCGCGCGCUCAUCGCCGCGCUCUGGGCCGUGGCGCUGCUCUCGGCCGCGCCCUUCCUCUUCGUGGUGGGCGUCCAGCAGGACCCGCCGCCGGGCCGCAACGCCACGGGCCCCGCGCCGCCGCCCGCGCCCCCUGCCCGCGGGGCCCCGCCGGAGCCGGCUCUGCCCCCGGCUCAGUCCCCGCCGUCGGGGCGCGAGGCGGCCGCGCUGUUCAGCCGCGAGUGCCGGCCGAGCCCCUCGCAGCUGGGCGCGCUGCGCGUCAUGCUGUGGGUCACCACCGCCUACUUCUUCCUGCCGCUCCUGUGCCUCUGCGUCCUCCACGGCCUCAUCGGGCGCGAGCUGCGGCGGAGCCGGCGGCCGCUGCGGGGCCCCGCGGCCUCCGGGCGGGCCCGGGGCCACCGGCAGACCGUCCGCGUCCUGCUGGUGGUGGUUCUGUCCUUUAUCGUUUGCUGGUUGCCCUUCCACAUUGGCAGAAUCAUUUACAUAAAUGCGGAAGAUUCCCAGACCAUGUACUUUUCUCAAUACUUUAACAUCGUUGCGCUGCAACUCUUCUAUCUGAGUGCGUCCAUUAACCCGAUCCUCUACAAUCUCAUUUCAAAGAAGUACAGAGCAGCGGCCUGGAAGCUGCUUCGGGGGAGACGGCCUGCACAGAGAGGAUUCUGCAGAAGCAGAAACACGGAGGGCACCGCGGGAGGAGACGCGGCUGGCCGCACGGAGACCAGCGCUAGCCUGCGGACGCCUGCCACCAGCAUGGCCAAGCACGGCGCCUCCUGCCCCAGUGCUGGGACGGCAGAGAAAACAGGUCUGUAG